ACGGUCCCUUUUUCAGCAGCUGAACUAAAACGGAAGCACUUCAUUGGUCCGCGAGGCCAAGUUCAACACGAACUAAACAACCAAGAUGGCUCACAGGCUGCUAGUACGUAGAAUCUGGACAUUCUCAGUGAAAGACAUCCGCUGCCUCCCCUCGUCCACCGCUGCCAUCGCCUCUUCUUCUUUUUCCACCUCCCUGCAGUCUGCUCCAAGCCGGGUCUCCAUCCUCUCCCCGUCACACACUUUGUCUCGAGCCCUUACUCACACCCCCCGUCGGGAAGUCUCCUUCAACGUUCAGGACAGCGAGGACUUCACAGAGAGGGUCAUCAAUAGUGAGCUUCCAGUGUUAGUUGACUUCCAUGCACAGUGGUGUGGUCCCUGCAAGAUCCUUGGGCCACGGUUGGAGAAAGCUGUUGCAAAACAGAAAGGCCGCGUUGCCAUGGCAAAAGUUGACAUUGACGAUCACACAGACUUGGCUAUCGAAUAUGGGGUGUCUGCUGUUCCAACGGUCAUCGCCAUGCGAGGAGGCGACGUCGUCGACCAUUUUGUAGGAAUUAAAGAUGAUGAUGAGCUGGACUCUUUUGUCAGCAAAGUCAUUGGACAAUAAACCACUCGUCUCCGCCCCGUCACACACCACCAUCAUGGUGUUGUCAUUGAUUCUGGCACGCUAAGCAGCCAUUUUUUAACCUGUUUGGCAACCACCGAUAAAAUUUUGACACAGUCCCAACUGGCAAACUCUCAAACGCUCACACCCAUCCCUAGACACACGGCUUCAGCUGCGCUUUGCUUCUUCUGUUUUUCUCUUUUUUUUGUCUAGCGAUGGGUGGGUGCCUUCAUUAACAGUUUUAAUUUGUGCUGUGUUACAUCGGUUCCAUUUUUUUAAUUUAAUAAUGGGACGGCUCAGAAUCUUUUUGUACUCAACUGCUCAGAUGUUGUGUAACAGUUUGCUGUAAAAGUCUGUAGAAUGGAAAAUAAACAAGUACUGUAAAACAUGAGGGAAGAGCGUGCAUAGUUUUAGCAGUGGAGAGGAUUUGAUUUAAAAUGUGACCGUACUGAAUGAAAUGUGACCGCAUCACAUGUAAUUCCUGCUUGUGUCCACAUGAGGGCGCCGUUUGUCCAACAUCGCAGAGUCACAUGUACAUUUUACACCAUUAUGCCUAAUGAUGUGAGAAAGCAAGAUGUUUUUUUCUUGUGCGUGUGUGUUUGUGUGCUUCACUGUGUCCUGAUUGUGAAACUGAAGGCAAGCGGGAAUUGUAGGCAUGAGUUUGAUUUAGUUUGUUACUGAAAUGAACUUCAUGUACCAGAAACAUGACCAAGUGAAGUAAUAAAGGAGUCAAUAUGUUCUGUA